AGGAUAAAAAAACGGUAGCAUUGAUAUUAAAGUUAAAAUGACUAUCACUCAAGUUGACUGAAUGCAGAAUUUCAGUCAUUCCUUGUUUCCUAUACAUUAUUACAAAUGUAAUGCUAUUAUGUGAUGUCAUUACGCUUUUGGGCAUACAUCCGCGCAGCAAAAGUGCAUGUAAAGUCUUAUUGGGCUAAAUCUUGGAGUGCGAAUAAUUUUGGUAUUCCUUUUCUCUUCUCUUUUCUACACAAGUGAGCUUUAUGGAAGAACGACGAAGCUUACGAAAGAGCUUUCAGGAAUGGUUAAGCACUAAAAGAAAUAGUUCCACUCCUCAGUCUCCAUCAAAUGCCACGGCUACUUUAGACAAUGAACAACAACGUCAACCCGAAGACGUGAAACCACAAAAAAGUCAUACACUUAUCAUGGAAUCAGUUCGUGUAGACUUUCCAUUAAAGCCCUAUCCGGCCCAAUUACAAAUGAUGUCCAAAAUUAUUCAUGCUCUAAAUCGCUCAGAAAACGCAUUACUAGAGAGUCCGACAGGUUCUGGUAAAUCACUUGCUUUACUUUGUGCGGCUUUAGCUUGGAGAGACAAUGAGCGGAAAAAAUUGGCAGAGAAAGAUGUACAAGAAAGAGAAGAGCGAGCAAAGGCAAUGUUAAAUUCUGCGACAGAAGAGCUAGAAAAUGUAUCAGAAAAGAGAGCUAGAAAUGAAGAAAUGAUCCGUCCGGAAGACUUGUUCAAACGUUUCAAGUGCGAUGACACCUCCUUUGAUGAUUUUCAGCCAAACCAAGUGUUUAACGGUAGAAAAAUUGCAGAGAUCAGUACACCUGCUUCUCCAUCUGAUGUCUUGCCUGCUCCAGAGCCAGCUUCGGCAUCUGUUGCAGCUUCAGAGAAAGCGAAGCCAACAACAUUUCCAAGGAUACCCCGUAUUUUUGUUGGAAGUAGAACGCAUAAACAACUAACACAGCUUGUGUCCGAACUAAAGAGGAAUACAAACUAUAGCCCUCGAAUGACCGUUCUUGGAAGUCGUGAACAGCUAUGCAUACAUCCAAAAGUAUCUAAAUCGAACAACAAGGCUGAAGACUGUUCCAAUCUCUUGGAUAAACAAGCCUGUGGUUUUGCUCAUAGAACAAAAAAGCUUAUCAAUAGAAUAAUGACAGAACCUGCCAAUCGAAUUUUGGAUAUUGAAGAUAUGGUUUCUUUGGGAAAGGGAAUAGGCGGAUGCCCGUAUUACGGCUCAAGAAAAAUGUACGAAGUUGCUGAAGUCAUAUUCUGCCCUUACAACUAUAUUCUUGAUCCAGUCAUUAGACAGCUUAUGGAUAUUAAUUUGGAAGGAAGUAUCAUUAUUUUGGAUGAAGCUCAUAAUAUGGAGGAUGCUGCACGUUCUGCUGGUUCAUUUGAAAUUGAUGAAAAGGCUUUAAAUACAGUAAAGAUCGAAUUGACGCAAGUCAUAAAAGGUGGAUUUGAGGUGCAUUCUCAUCAGAUAUUAGAGCAUCUAUUUGAUGGUCUCUGGGAGUGGAUAACUUCUUCUGAUAAUAUAUACAACAAACAAGAUUAUGAAAGGCAUAUAUGCGUUUGGUCAGGCCAGAAGAUCAUUGAAAAAUUAAAAGAGUUAAGCAUCACAGCUCAUAUAUUUGAAACACAAUUCAUUCCUGCCUACAAGGCUGUUUCUGCACAUGCUGAGGCGAUCAGAAAGGAGGCUGAAGACAGGAGCUUAUAUGAUGAAUUAGAUCGAGAAGAUCCUGAAGUUACAGUGCAUAGACGAAGGUGUCUAUCCAAUAACUCGCUAACUAUCGUUCGAGGUAUCUUUCUCGUAUUUGGAUACUUGUUUAAAGAAGACUGUGAUUAUGCCGAAGAUUAUAGAAUGGCCCUUAUGAAGCGUAUGGAAAGAGGCGGACAAAAGCCCGGUAGAAAGAAAAAUAACUCUGGCCAAGAGAAUGUAUGGACCUACAAGUUAGGCUUUUGGUGCUUGAAUCCAGGCAUCAUCUUUCAGGAUAUGUGCGCAACAACAAAAUCAGUCAUUCUAACCAGCGGUACCUUAUCACCGAUGGAUAGCUUUGCCUCAGAACUGCAAACUAAAUUCGUUAGUAAAUUGGAAGCCAAUCAUGUCAUUGAUCCAUCACAGGUCUGGGUAUCUUGUCUACCCACGGGCCCAAGUGGAACUAGCUUAAAAGGUAUUUAUACCAACAUGGAGAGUUUUCGAUACCAAGACGAUGUUGGAGAGGCUAUCUGGCAAAUUGCUGAAGUUGUCCCUUUUGGCAUACUAUGUUUUUUGCCUUCAUAUAAUGCACUGGAUAAGCUUAUGGAAAGAUGGAAUGCGACAGGGGUGAAAAAGCAAAUCGAAAACAAAAAACUCAUUUUGUGUGAGCCAAAGGGAUCCGAUAAAAAAGUGUUUGAAAAGACGAUCAAUAGAUUUUAUGACCACAUCCAAAAAGCAAUGUGCGCUGCAACGGGAGAUCAAGAUGGUGCUAUCUUCUUUGCAGUCUAUCGAGGAAAAGUGAGCGAGGGAAUAGACUUUACGAAUGAGUAUUGUCGAGCUGUCGUGGCUCUGGGGAUACCUUAUCCAGGAAUAAAAGAUAUGGAAGUUCAAUUGAAAAAGGAAUACAAUGACAGGAAAAGGAUGAAAUGUAAAAACGCUGAUGUAUUGACUGGACGCGAAUGGUACUCUAUACAGGCCUAUAGAGCUAUAAACCAAGCACUUGGUCGAUGUAUACGGCACAGAAAUGAUUGGGGAGCGAUUAUACUGCUAGAAGAUCGAUUUCAAACACAAGAGAAUGUAAAAGGCUUAUCAAAAUGGAUACGAAGCAAAUUACAAGUAUAUGAUAGCUUUCAAGAAGGAAUAUCUAGCUUAAAAAGCUUUGUAAAGCAUCGUUUAAGCAUUGAGGAGGGAAGUAUCGCAAGAGGAACAAUAGACACAUUUGCUAUUGAAGAAGCCGCAAAAGGAAGAAUAGAAACACCUUCUGCUGAAGAAACCACAAAAGAGGCAAUACCAAUACCCCCUACUGUAGAGACCACAGCAGCCUCCUCCACCAGCGUGGUUGCCACCAUUGAAACAGAUGAAACACCACAAGCGGACACGCCCAACAACGCACAAACUGCUAAAGUGGAAAUCAUAAACGAUACCCUAACUGAUAAUGAUAUGGAUGCUAUAAUGAAGGACAUUGAUGAGGACGUAAAUUGCAGUCCGCCAAAAGAAGAGCAAAUUAUUAUAUCAAAUUUCUUUACAAAAGCCACAACAACUGUAGAUACCUCAAAGAAGCCUGUACUCUGUAAAUAUUGCGAAUGUACCUUAAUGACGGGCGAUGUAGAUCAUUUGAAGCCCGUUGACAACUUUCAUUUGGACUGUGUGCUCAGCUCAAAGCAAAAUGAUACUCAGAUGCUUGAAGUAAGCGAGCCAUCGAGUUGGAAGACCACGAAUAUAUGUAUUGAUGUAUCAAAGCUGCCAAAUGAAACACUGGUGUACAUGAACAAGGUAGAUAAACUAUGUUACCAAAAAAUCAACUGUGCUUGUGGACACCCUGUUGGGAUUAUCAUAUGCGGUGCAACUUCAUCUGAAAAGAUAAGUUAUGUAGGAAAGGUGUUCCUUUGGGAUGACAUGGUUAUCACUCAAAGAGAAAGACAAAAGGGGUUCUUGACAUCCGUCAAAAAGGUGAUAGAAGAUGAUGAAGUAAUCAAGGAUGAACCAUUGUUUGAAUCUAACUCGAUGGCUGACAUGUUUUAUAAUUUACCUUGAUUUUUUUCAUUUUUUCAUUUUAAUGUAUAUAUAAAGGAAUGUCCCCAAACGAAUCCACGGUAUC